CACUUCUUGCUUUCAAACAGCGGCUAGCCAUCGGGGAUGGCCCUGUGAGGCUCGGAGGACCACAGCAGGAAGGCACUGGUCAGCAGCGAGACUAAGCUCGGCUUGGAGCUGCCGGACCUGCCUGAGCCCUCCCGACGAGUCCUGCUUGACUCUCCCUUCACCGAGCAUGAGGCUGUGGGGUGAAUGGCCUCGUAGUGGAGACCUGGAAGUUUGUUAGACGUCUGAUCAGAGCAGGAGCCGGCCUGGGACAACGGUGCUGGGAAGGCAAGGCAACUCAAACUUGAAGACAUGAAAUCCCCAAGGAGAACCACUUUGUGCUUCAUGAUUAUUGUGAUUUUUUCUUCCCAAGCUACACUGAACUUGAAUUUAGAGUCUAUUGUUUAUCCUUCGCUUCUCCAUGAACAUGAACUAGCAGGGGAGGACCCAAUAAGGCAAAAACGAGCCGUUGCCGUGAGCAGUCCUGCAGCCCAAGAGUUCACUGUCAACGUUGAGGUCAGUUUUGAAGAUGCCUCCUUCCUGGAGCCUGGCAAAGCUUACUUGAAAAGCUUCAGUUUUCCAGUUCAAGGGGAUGACACUGACCCAGCUACCAGCAUUUUGAGCAUCGAGGUGACAACAGUCUGCAGACCUACUGGAAAUGAAAUCUGGUGCUCCUGUGAGAAAGGCUAUAAGGGGCCUCAGGAAAAGUGCCUCCACAAUCUCACUUGUCAAGGGCCUGAAGGCUCCCCUUCAGGGCAUCAUUGCAGUCUCCUGAAGGGACCUUUUUGCCAGCUCCAGGGGGCAGAUAUUACCCUGCGAAUGUCGGUCAGACUCAAUGUGGGCUUUCAAGAAGAACUCAAGAACUCUUCCUCUGCCCUCUAUAGGUCCUACAAGACUGACUUGGAAACAGCGUUCUGGAAGGGUUACAGUAUUUUACCAGGCUUCAAAUUGGUGACAGUGACAGAGUUCAGGCCUGGAAGUGUGGUUGUGGUGUAUGAAGUCACUACAACAGCAGCGUCACCUGAAUUAAUGCGCAAAGCAAACGAGCAAGUAACACAGAACCUCAGUCAGACCUACAAGAUGGACAGCAGUUCCUUCCAGGUUACUUACAGCAAUGAAACGAAGUUCUCCAUCACCCCAGAAAUCAUCUUUGAAGGGGAUACGGUAACUCUGAUGUGUGAGAACGAAGUUUUGUCCUCCAACGUAUCCUGGCAGCACGUGGACACAGGCUUCGACAUCCAGAACAGCAGCAGAUUCUCCAUCUACACCUACGUGCUCAACAACAUGACCUCCGUGUCUCGCCUCACCAUUUACAACAUCACGCAGGAUGACGCGGGUGAAUAUAUUUGCAAACUGACAUUAGAUAUUUUUGAAUAUGGGUCCAGAAAAAAAAUAGAUGUUACAUCCAUCCAGAUUUGGGCAAAUGAAGACAUGAAGGUGAUGUGUGACAACAGUCCUGUGUCUUUGAACUGCUGCAGUGAGAUGACGGUGAAUUGGAGUCAAGUUGAAUGGAAGCAACAGGGGUCUGUAAGCAUUCCAGGAAGCCCUGAAACAGACGCAGACCCUCGCUGCAGCAGAUACACCCUCACGGCCAAUGGCACUCAGUGUCCGAGCAGAUUGUCUGGAACGACAGUGAUCUACACGUGUGAGUUCAUCAGCGCCCACGGAGCCAGAGGCAGUAAAGACAUAAAAGUGACAUUCAACUCUGUGGGAGAUAAUUCCAGCCACAAAGGGGAAGUGCGCGAGUUCCCAAGGCAUGUGAUGGAAAUGGGUACAGUUCAGAGCACCACCGAGAACAGCCUAGAAACAAGUAAAGCUCCGGAGCAGCAAGCCAACGUAAAAAUAACCCCGGACCCAAUUUCUGUUUCUGAGGGACAAAGCUUUUCUAUAAAGUGCAUCAGUGAUAUGAGUAACUAUGAUGAGGUGUAUUGGAACACUUCUGCUGGAAUUAAAAUAUACAAAAGGUUUUAUACCACGAGGAGGUAUCCUAAUGGAGCAGAGUCGGUGCUGACAGUCAAGACCUCGACCAGGGAGUGGAACGGAACCUAUCACUGCAUAUUUCGAUACAAGAAUUCAUACAGCGUCAUGGCCAAAGAUGUCACCGUCCACCCGCUGCCCCUACAGCCCAAUAUCAUGGUUGAUCCUUUGGAAGCUGCCAUUCCAUGCACAAGCUCCCGUCACAUCAAGUGCUGCAUUGAGGAGGACAGAGACUACAAGGUCUUUUUCCAAGCUGGUUCCUCGUCCUUUCCGGCUGCAAAAGAAGUUAACGGAAAGCAAGUGUGCUACAAACACCAUUUCGUGGCAAACUCAAUUUCCUGUCCAGAAAAUAUGGAUGUGUUUUGUCACAUUACCAAUACCGCUAAUAAUUCAGUGCGGAGCCCAUCUAUGAAGCUUAAUCUGGUUCCUGGGGAGAACGUCACAUGCCAAGAUCCUAUCAUAGGUGUUGGGGAACCCGGAAAAGUCAUCCAGAAGCUUUGCCAGUUCUCUAAUGUUCCCAGAAUCCCUGGGAGUCCCAUUGGCGGGAUCAUAACUUACAGAUGUGUGGGCUCCCAGUGGAAGGUUAAGAAAAACAACUGCAUCUCUGCCCCCAUAAAUACUCUGCUCCAGCUGGCUGAGGCUUUGAUGAAGAGCCCCUCUCAGGAUGAGAAGCUCCCUUCAUACCUAAAGAAUCUUUCCAUUAGCACAAACCAGGUGAAACUUGAAGUCAAGUCAUUUCCUGGGAGCCUGGGAGCCAUUAUUAACAUCCUUGAUUUGCUCUCAACAGUUCCAACCCAAGUGAAUUCAGAAAUGAUGAUGCACGUCCUCUCCACGGUCAACGUCAUCCUCGGCAAACCCAUUUUGAAUACCUGGAUGAUGUCACAACAGCAAAAGACCAAUCAGAGCUCACAGUUACUGGAUUCAUUGGAAAGAUUUUCCCGAGCCUUGCGGUCAGAAGAUAGCACCAUCUCCCAACCUAAUGUUCAGAUGAAGAGCAUGGUCAUAAAAUCUGGCCACCCCAAAUCCUACACACAGAGCUUUGUUUUCUUAGACUCUGAGCUCUGGGGCAAUGUGACCAUUAAUGAAUGCCAGCUGGAACACCUGCAGCCAGAUUCAUUUAUCGUCACCGUGGCUUUCCCAACUCUCAAAACCAUCCUCGCCCAGGAUGUCCCAGGAAAGACUUUUGCAAACAGCCUAGUAAUGACAACCACUGUCAGCCACAAUCUAACCGCGCCAUCGCCAUUCAGGAUUUCGAUGACCUUCAAAAACAACAACCCUUCGGGCGGGGUACCGAGGUGUGUCUUCUGGAACUUCAACCUCGCCAACCACACGGGGGGGUGGGACAGCAGCGGGUGUUAUGUUAAAGAAGUCACCGAGGACAGUGUGUCCUGCAGUUGUGACCACCUCACAUCCUUCUCCAUCCUCAUGUCCCCUGAUUCCCCGGACCCUGAUUCUCUCCUGAAAAUCCUGCUGGAUAUCAUUUCCUACAUCGGGCUGUGCUUUUCCAUCUUGAGCUUGGCGGCUUGCCUCGCUGUGGAAGCCGUGGUGUGGAAAUCGGUCACCAAGAACCGGACUUCCUCCAUGCGCCACAUCUGCAUCGUGAACAUCGCGGCCUCCCUUCUGGUCGCCGACGUCUGGUUCAUCGUGGCUGCCGCCGUCCACAACUACCGCUACCCGCUCAACCAGAUGGCCUGUGUGGCUGCCACCUUCUUCGUCCACUUCUCCUACCUCAGCGUCUUCUUCUGGAUGCUGACUCUGGGCCUCAUGCUCUUCUACCGGUUGGUUUUCAUCCUGCAUGACACGAGCAAGUCCAUUCAGAAGGCCAUUGCGUUUUCUCUCGGCUACGGUUGCCCUCUGGUCAUCUCCGUCAUCACGGUGGGGGCCACCCAGCCCCGGGAGGUCUACACGAGGAAAAAUGCCUGUUGGCUCAACUGGGAGGACACCAAGGCCCUGCUGGCCUUCGUUAUCCCAGCACUGAUCAUUGUGGUGGUCAAUGUGACCAUCACGGUCGUGGUCAUCACCAAGAUCCUGAGACCUUCCAUCGGGGACAAGCCGAGCAGGCAGGAGAAAAGCAGCCUGUUCCAGAUCACCAAGAGCCUUGGGGUCCUCACACCGCUCUUGGGGCUCACCUGGGGUUUCGGUCUCGCCACCGUGUUCCAGGGGAGCAAUGCUGUCUUCCAUAUUGUAUUUACCCUCCUCAAUGCCUUCCAGGGAUUAUUCAUUUUACUCUUUGGAUGCCUUUGGGAUCAGAAGGUACAGGAAGCCUUGCUGAAUAAGUUUUCACUGUCGAGAUGGUCUUCACAGCACUCAAAGUCAACAUCCCUAGGUUCAUCCACUCCAGUAUUUUCUAUGAGUUCUCCAAUAUCAAGAAGAUUUAACAAUUUGUUUGGUAAGACAGCAGCGACAAAGGGCCCCCCAGGCAAUGAUGGAAACCUUGUUAGCCGUGGCAGUCCGCCCAUCUGAUGGAACAUACAAUGUUUCCACCCCGGAAAUAACCAGCUCAUCCCUGGAAAACACAUCCAGUGCUUAUUCAUUGCUCAACUAAGAACAGGAGAAUCCAGCCCAUGGAACCUCUUGGGGAACAGUGGACGUUCUCUGAAAAAGAGAUCCUUACCAAGCCAUGGAUAAAACGUUUUCUCCGCAGGCUUCAGGCAACAGAUGCUGAAGAGACUUUUUCAUUAGGGAAGGGGCUUUCUUUUGUAAAUACAGACUAAAAGGAAUUGUUACAUUUAUGUUGCAGCCCUACCCCCACCCCUUGUGUGAUACCGAAUGUGUAUAGUAUUUAAGUGAAACUCAAGCCAACUUCUCUGUCUAUAUUGUAAAAUAGAAUUUCAGAGACAUUUUUACUUUUCACACCCUGGGCCCAAAGAUAAGCUUUGAUUAAAAUAAUAAGUGAAAGGCUAGGACCUAGGAAAUACUUCAGUGAAUUCUAGGAAGGAAGGAAGGAAGGCAAGAAGAAAGGAAGAAAGAAGGGAGAGAUGGAGGAAACUAGAAGGAAAAGAAAAAAAUAGAGAACAACAUAAGGACCAUAUUUUAAGAUUUCCAUGUUAAUGACCUAAUACAAUUGCUUCUCAGGUGCUGCAACACUGAAAAUUCAAAAAUGACUCCAAAAUGGAAAUGGAAAAUUAGCCGUGGAGAAACUUCAAUAUCUUCCUGGUAUUUCCUUAGUUAAGAGGGACCAAAAAAAAAAACAAAAGCAAUGAAAAAAUUAGGGAGGAAAUUAUAUCAAAGAUGCUUUCAAGUGGAUGAUAAUAUUUACAAGAAAUUCAUGGAAGAAGACAUGAUUCUCCUGAUGCUAAACAUAUACACAUAUGCUACUGUAUGUUAAGGUUGGAGCUAAGUGGAAUGAAUAGACAGAGAAAGUGUGAUGGCCAUGCCUUAUUAGAUCACAGCAGACCAACUGCUGAUUACACUUUUAUAGUUUAGCAGAAAAGGCUUAUGUUUUGCUUCCACUUUUUGAAAGCAAAAAAAAUAUAUUUUUAUAUCCAUUCAUUUCCAAAUGUGAUAUAUUGCACUGAAAUACAGAACCCCCCUCUACUGUCAUAUAUUAACAGCUUUAACCAGGUACUUUUCUGUGCAUGAUAGAAUAGAUUUUCAUGACCUUACAGCAUUGUAUAUUAUUAUUGUUGUAGUUACUGUGGAUUUAGGGACCCUGGGUGUGUUGUAUAGCUCUCUAUGUAUUAAUUCUUUCAGUUCCUAAGUUCCUAGACCAAUAUACAUUAAGAGUUUUCUACUGUCUAA